AGUUGCAGACAAGCCCUCGCGAGCGUAUUUCCGGUGAGGCCGGAAGUGGUGCGGGUAGGGUUACUGGGCGUCUCCAGGCGGAAGUGGAGCAGCCGGGAAGAGGCGAGCUGGGCAGAGGUGAGUGGGUGGGAGAGCGGGAGAGACACACCCUGCGUGGCUGAGCGAGGUAAGGCAGCGGCGGCUGAGGCUCCCGAGGGUAGCCUGUACUUGACUGAGGUGUUUGGGGAGGAGGAUAAGGAGGGGACGGGGGUUGAGUGGUCAAUAUCAUGCACGUCUGAAAGGGUUGGGGGGGAGGCUGAAGCAACGAGUGUCUGAGGUGCUACUUCGGGGACAGGGAGGAGGGGCGGAGAGUGUUUGCAUGGAUGGAGUAAAGAAUAAUCCCAAUUAUUGCGCUAAUUUUCUGGGGAAGGGACGCUUUUCUGCCACAUGCUUGACAGUCCGGUUUAUCCUCGCGAGGAACGACCCUGGGAUUCAGGUCGCUGUCAUCUCUGGUAUUUGCCUAUUGUAAGGGAGGAUUUUGAACAUGUUGUUAAGUUGCAUUGCAGUCAUGUGUGUGUUUACUCCGGAGAAAGUUGCGUUGGGUGGAGAGGGCUUAACGCUCGGGAGCGCAUGGGAAUUACAGCCUUAGGAACUGCUGUGUCAAGUGGCUAAGGUGACAAGGCGAGCUGUUAAGUUGUUCAGGACUAUUAUUUGGCUCUGUGUAGCUGGAGGUCUGGUCACCCUUGUAAGGUUUUUUUUGGGGGUAUUUUUUUUAAAGUUAUUUAAAUGUUUCGCCAGGAGUUAAAGGGUCCGGAUAUUUGAAUUUGAAAACCUCUGAAAGCUGUGGAAACAGCGGUUAUUUUCUAGUAUGCAUUGUGCUUUCUGAUUUGUCUUUAGAACUUUAGCAAGCCACAGUCAAUUAUGACAAAUUGGCUAGCGAAGUGUUUCUGUGUGUGUGCGCGCUAGGUUGAGUAGUAUGGAUGCUCAAUUUCAACACAUCCUGUUUGAUUUUGGCGGCCUGAACCCUUGGCAGUGAGGAGGGUGAUGGCCUACCAGAGACCCUUCUCUGUAAUGAUCCCGAAACUGCAACUUCCUCUCUAUAGAAGUGUGUCAUACACUACCUAUUUACAGCUGUAGGCGGUUAUUGAGGGCAUAUCUCUUUUCUGCCUUUGGCAGUUGAAUUUUUAUUGUUAGUGUUCCCCUAUCUGUAGUCCGGCAUGUCAUAUUCAACUAAAUUGUUGCACUAGUGGAAAGUAGCACAGUGGUUUAUUCUAGUGCAACAGGACUCCCCUGACUUCUACUCUGUUUUUUUUAAUAGAAUAAUAGAAUUGUAGAGUUAGAAGAAGCCACAAGGGUCGUUUAGUCCAACCCCUUGUAGUGCAGGAAUUUUUUGCCCAACGUGGAACUCUAACCCACCUUUUCACCCUCUUCAUAUCUGUAGAGGAGGGCUGGGAGAACCUUAGAACAGCGUGUUGGGGGCGGAAAAAGAGACAAUCUCCUUAGCACUAUGUUGAAUUCAACCCAUUGUAUCUGGUGUCUUGUGUUGUAUAGUAUCGUACUUAAGGGCAGGUUUGUUUUAUUUGUUUUAUUGUACUGUGUUAUCUUUUUAGACGUAACCCACCCUUGGACCUUAUAGUGAAGAGUGUGCAAUAUUAAUUAUUAGUAGUAGGAAGUAUGCUUUUGUGUGUGUGAUUCUGAAAAGAGAGAAGUCUAUAUACUGUCUGAAAAGCACCUUCCGAUGGAAAGAGUAUAGCUGGAAUUCAGGUUAGGAGCCCAUAUACUAGGUACGGUGGGAAGGUUUGUAACUGUAUUGGGGGUUAAAAGGAGCCAUAAAAUGGUUUGCUGUGCCUGAUCCUGAGAGAAGGAAGCAGAUUUACAGCAGGAAUUAAUUUAUACUACAUAACCAACUGCCAACCAGUUGUGGAUAGGCUACAGUAAACAUAAAUAAUUCUUCUGGGUAUCUUGUCUGUCAUGUUGUGAAUUGAAGAGGUGAUGGAUGAGAGAACUAGCUGGGCAUGAAAAUAACAGGAGGCGGUGGUUUGCAGAUGAGUGGUGGAAUACAAAAGUGUAUUUUGGUUCCAUGAAAGAUUUGGGUUGGUUUUGGAGGCAUAGUGCGAAUUGGAGUAAGGUUUUCUCUUGGUAGGAGGAGCUUGGGGAUUGAAUUGGGAGUCAGUAUCUUGUCUUAUUGACGGUGGCUAGGCAUAAGCUGACUUUAAGCUGUCAGUUGCACCUUCACAAUGUGGUUUCCAUGGUAUGCUGAAGGUGUGCCUUUUUGCCCUGGUCUUUGAUGCCUGAGAUAAAAUAAUUUUGAACCUGCCCUAUUCUCCUUGUAGUCAUGUGCUUUAACUGUUUUUAACACCUGUUUUUAAAAUGUUAUAACGUAUCUAAAAAAACAAUGCAGGCAUAAAUGUGUCUGGCUGGCUGUAGGCUCUGGACAAACACAAGGAAGCGCUAAUUCUCACAGAACAUAUUUACCGUAUUUUUUGCUCUAUAAGACUCACUUUUUCCCUCCUAAAAAGUAAGGGGAAAUGUGUGUGCGUCUUAUGGAGCGAAUGCAGGCUGCGCAGCUAUCACAGAAGCCAGAACAGCAAGAGGGAUUGCUGCUUUCACUGUGCAGCAAUCCCUCUUGCUGUUCUGGCUUCUGAGAUUCAGAAUAUUUUUUUUCUUGUUUUCCUUCUCCAAAAAUUAGGUGCGUCUUGUGGUCUGGUGCAUCUUAUAGAGUGAAAAAUACGGUAACUUACAGAAUUCACGAUGGGGUGGUGGCCACUAGCUUAGAUAUUUGGGACUGGUUGGCUCAGAAAUGGUGCACUUGGAUAAAAGAAACGGGGGAUAAAGAGGGGAAGAUAUCUCCAUACAUUGCUUUUGAACUUCCCAGAGGCAUGUGGUUUGAUGAAACAAAAUGAUGGAUUAGCCGACCCUUGGUCUAAUUCAGCAGGGCAGCUAUGCUAAAUGUAAUUGCUAUUGAAUUGCCUCCCCCUCCCUUUGGGGCAGGGGUUACAUGCCAGCAGAUGCAUAUUUAGUGUCCUCAAUCGAAGCUCUGACAUUGUAAAAUAGAAGCCUUUGCCCUGUGGUCUAAGGAAGCUGCAGACUUCUGCCCAUUUCUCUUCAGCACGCUGGCACUAGAGACACUUUGCUUCCCAACUGCUGUGUUUCCCAGUUAGUCAGGAACUCUUGGCCAAGGAUCUUCCUCCACUGAGUCAUCAGUUGCGUGAGAUGCAUGCUUCCAAGGGUAAGCACAAAUGUGAGAGUGAGAGAGGAGGAAGCUAGUACUGUUUGUUUCUGGUUCUUAACUAGACAUAACAGAGCCAAGUGAAAACCAGUCGCAUAGUUGUAUGAGAAGAAAUAAUGAUUCCCAGGUGCACUUAUCUACCAAACUUAGUUUAAUAUAAAGAGAUUUACUUACAGAUGUCCUCCAUUAAGGCAGGACAGAUUGCUUUAUGACAACUUCCUGGAUUAAUAUUUGGUAGCAGCCUAUAAUUCGUUCAGUGAAAGGCUCUUGUAAUGUGUUGGAAUGGAAGGUUUUGCUGUUGGUGGAUUUGGGCUCUCUCUUCAAAGGAGUUGUUUAGAGGAGUGUGAAUUGAACUUUGGACUGGAAAAGCCUGGGUUUAGUUGUCCUGCUGCAUAAUUAGAAAGACUGAGGGUUUGCUUAAUCCUCUUCUUCGGCUUAAGUACAAAAGAUGGCGGCCGGACUGUGGGCCUUUCCUGUAGUGGCACCAUCUCAUUGGCGCUCCCUUCUCAGGCAGGUGCAUCUGCACAACGCUUUCCUAAACUGUAAGAAACAUCAGACUUUCUAGAGUAACAGAAAUGUUUCAUAUCAAAACUUGCUUGCAAGAUUCUCUUGACUGGUCUUGUAACCUCUAUGUAAAAAAUUCUGUUUAAUCUUGCAGGCACAGCAAGAGCUUAUAAUUAUAUACACUGAUUUUGCAUGAUAGAAAAUGUAAAAAUAAGCAUGAAGCUCAGUGGAUGAUCCUGUGCUCAUUAUGUCUCAGACUGGCGUACUUUGCAAGGUUGUUGGAAUAAAAUGAGAGAGACUUCUGUAUGCUGUGCUGACUUCUUUGGAGAAGGGCUGCAGUACAAGUGUGGUAAAAAAAAUACCAGUAUUGGUGACUCAUUUGUGCAUCUCUGGUAAAAUUCUGUGAGCUCAAUUUGCUAGGAACUUUUCCUGCCAACGCCUCCUUGGAAUUUGGCCAUUUUCUUGCUGCUCCUUAUACAGUCAAACCUUGGUUCCCGAAAGGCUCCGUUUUGGAACGUUUCAGCUCCCAGACACCAAAAACCCAGAAGUAAAUGCUCUAGUUUUCAAAUAAUUUUCGGAAGCCAAACAUCCGACGCGGCUUCCACUUGAGUGCAGGAAGCUGUUGCAGCCAAUCAGAAGCUAUGCCUCGGUUGUCGAACGUUUCAAAAGCUAAACGGGCUUCCAGAACAGAUUAUGUUCAACAACUGAGGUUUGACUGUAGCUUUCUCCUACAAAAGGGUACAUCCCACCAUCUUGCUCUUCAAAUCUGUAAGACCCUUCUUUUUCCCUAGACCCUUGACUCUCUCAAGGGUUUUUAGUGAUUUUAUCUACAAAGGAUUAGGAAUGAAUGACUGUGUGAAUAUUGACUUUUGCUUAACUGCCUGAGUGACAGAUAUCUACAUUAAUAACUAUAGUAUGUUGUCUUUAGAAAGAAAUGGCCAACACACUUAUCCCCAACUGAAACUAAGGCUAAGUAUUUGCAGCUGGAACAAAGUCUAUGCCUGCAAAACCAUACAUGCUCAGAUCAUCCCACAUUACAGGAACCUCUCUUUCUCUCCCAUUGCAAACUUUUCGACUGCAGACUACUUGGGGCAGAGAAGUUUCUUACUUUGUAAAUAAACAUUGCUCUGUAUAGCACCAUAUAUACCCAUGAAGGUAAAUAAAUGAAAUUUGCUCAUGCGAAUGUCAGGUCAACAGGGUUUGCUCUGGGGAAUUUUAGAUGCAUUCUGAUGUGAAAUGUGUUCAGUGGGCAUUUCAAGCUUCCUGCAAGUAUCGGCUAGCAUGACUCUGAAUCCUGCUGCCAGCUCUAGUAAACAUAUGGCUUUGGCACAAAUGGGAAAAGAGUACUCAAGUUAGGUGCAUUAAUGCAAUUCAGGGGUGGUGCCCUCUUUCUGCAUAUUGGCUUCGUGUUACACUCCUUUUGUUUCUCCACUGUUGCUGCUCACUGCCUAUCACAGCUUUGGCAAUAAAAUGUGGUUUAGUUUCUCUUUCUGGAACAAAGCACGUCUGGUGGUUUUUGCUUAUGCGGUUGAUAACCGAAGCAAGACAAGCUGUAGGCUUGGGCAAGGUGUGUGAGGCCCCAUGUCAAGAAUUUAUACUUGGGAGAAGAGGAGUGUAGUCGUUGCAUUUGUGUUUUGGAAUGGUAAUGAAUUCUCAUCUGAUCUUAAGAUGUGGAAUACUGGUGAGCAUCUUUUGCAUCCAUCAGUAUGUCUUCUUAAAAACUAUGCUGUGACAGAAAAACCGAAUCCAGUUGGCUUUAUUCUCCACUACCUACCCCACCUCCCACUGAACAUACUAAAGUUCUUGAAGGCAACAUUACUAUACCAGUUUGAGCUACAGCACUUGUUGCAACAGAAGCAUUCAAAGGCCAAAGCCCUUCCAGGGAUCCUUUACCUUUACCUUUUAAAUGCAUACAUACAUACAUACAUACAUACAUAAUUUUAUUUGUAUGCCAUCGUUCCAUAGUUCAAACCAUGCUCAAGGUGGCAUACAGAAUGAAAAAAUGCCUAAUUACAACAUAACAAAAGAAUUCACAAACAUUAAAUAAAACAAUGCACACGCCCCAGGUAACAAAGCCCUCUAAACCAUACCCCAGCCUCAGAACAUCUUUGUUUUUCAGGCACUUUUAGUGAAUCAGGAGUACUUGAGGGGCUUGUUAGUAUUUGAGUAACACUUGUGUAAGAGCUACUUGGCAGUAGAUGUAGGGGUUGAAAUAAUUACUCUGUUACAGUGAAGAGACAUGUUGUGGUAGAAUAAAACCAGAUAUGAAUGAUGUGUUGAACCGCUUGAUCCAUAUGCAGUCAUGAUGUUUAAUGUGGCUUGUUUUCUGUUAGCAGUGGGUCUCAAUAUCUAAAGUUUCAGUAAUUAAGGGCUAGCCACAAAUUUGGGCAUGAAACCAUGCUUUGAAGUAAAAACAGCAGUCCUUUGGCAGUUUAGAGGUUAACAACUAUAUGACAUGCUUUGAAGUGUGUUUGCAAACCAUAGUUUGCAUUGGCUAAUCAUUGUUGCAUGUGUGCUGUCAAAACCACAAUUUAGGUAUUUUCCAUGGCUUUCUGUUUGCUGGUCUCACUGGACUUCCUGUAGAUGCCCUCGGAAGACAUGGUUUCAUUUUUUACCCUUGGAAAUUUAACCAUGGUUUGUUUCCUUAAUGCUGACUUGCAGUAUCCAUGCUUUUCCUAAAUUUCAUGUAGAGAUGCUUUGAUACCGUAUGUGCUUCUAUAAAUUAAUUAUCUUUCUACAGGAGCUUGUAUCACUAGCAGUUAAGCUGAGUCCAGGACCAAGGCCUUUAUAAACAAUGCCAAGAAUAUAAAUAUUUCCAAGAGUUGUAGUUUGAGAACCGGCUUCAGAUACGUUUGGUCUGCAUGUUGCGAAAUCUCUUGGAAGACCACAAGGGAGAACUAGGGAAGUCUGACAUUCUGGAGGUAGGCGUUAGCUUCUUGAUGAUCAGGAACUUAUUUUUUUAGUGGUCCACUUCAAGGAGGCCUCAUGUUCCACUGCAGACAGACCAGCAACAGGUUGUCAAAUUCCUCUGGGUUAGAAGCCACUCUGCUUCUAAGCUUUCAAGGAGCAAGUAAUCCCUAUAUCUGAAAUGCAAUCAGAGAGAGGGUAAUGGGGCUCUAAUCCGAUCAGACCCAUAUGGAAUGCAGCAGAACGGCACCUCUGUCUGUUCCAUUAACCAUUAAUCACUUACAAACAAAUUCUUCUAUUGGAAUGUCUAUAAAGUCUCAGCAUAUUCAGACAGCGCAGAGAAAGGCCUGUAGCAAAGAUGUUCAGCUGCAUUUUCAUUUUCGUACUCUCUUCAAAUGGAUGCAUACAAAGAAACAGAACCAAUUAUUACCCUAAUCCCACUCCACCCCCUUCCUGCAUUCUUUUAUAGAAUUAUUCAUGAAAUGGAAAAACUAGGAAUGAAGGAGAUUUAGCCUGUGGUUGUUAGACUGGAAAUUUUUAAGGGUCUGUGUCAUGAAUCUUAGUGUAAUGGAUGGGCCUGUUACAGCUGGGGUGGCCUCGUGUGACUUACAUCUGUAUUCUGCGCAGCCUCGCAAACAGAUUGACCACUGCAUUAAAGUUUAUGGGCGAGCAAAAAAGCUUUCACCUACUGAAGCUGACAAGGUACUGGCCUAUGAAAAUAUUACUAGACUGCCCGCCCACACAUAACCUAAUUUAGAUGCUUGUGGCCUAAAAGAAUCAAUUUUAGGAACUUCUGUGGCCGACUUACCACAGGCAAACCAGAUCAGGCUUUUUUGCAAGCCUGACCCUUUGUUUCGAGUAAGUUUAUUUGGAGUUGCCCCAUUUCAUCCUUCCAGCACUUGCACAAGUAAGUGAUUCUGGGAUCAAAUGAUUGGCACAGGUUAUGCAGUGAACUUAGGGGCUGAAUAGGGGGUCAAAUCUGGGUCUCCCCAGUUCAAGUCCAGCACUUAACAUCAACCUGUUGGUGUCUGUGGCUGUGGACAAGAUGACUGUUCAUGUUGACCCAUUUACAGCUGCUUUAGAAUUGGCUGCUCUCAACUUUAACCAUAUAAUUCAGCAGAUGGAAGCACAUAUCCUGCAUUUCUGAUGAUGAUGCUAUAGAGUAGUGGUGGGGAGCCUGGUGUUGCUGGGCUGUAACUCCCAUUUUCCGUGACUUCUUGAUGCAGAGUUUGGGCUUAGCAUGACAGCUUGCAAUUCCAUCGCUGAAAGUAAUCUAGCAUAAAGCAGAAGAGGCAGUGGAUGGUCCUACGUUUUGUUAGAUGGGUUAUCAUCAUAAAGUGGAGUAAAAUGUGUGUAUGUGUGUCUCCAGAAGGAGUAUGAAUGGGUCUGAGAUCCUAUCACUGCUGGCAUGGGCUUUUAAAGAUCCACUCAUGGUACUUCCAGAUUGCUUUUGGGUAAACAGGCAAGAAGGCCUGUUUUCUAGUAAGUUGGUUCUUUGCCUCUUUGAGGCCAUCCAAGCAUAGGUAGGCUAGUAUGAAUAUCUGGCCAGGCCCACAUAAAAGCUACUGAGUUGUGAGCUGAGUUGUCAGAAAAGUCCUACAGCUCUUUACAUAAAAGAGAAGCUACUAUGGAUGUAGGAUGCAUCAUUUCCAGAUGUGGGCAGCUGUAAGCAGCUACACACAAGUCAGAACUGCUUUGCAGUUGUUUCCCAACUUCAAAAGACAUCUGACCCUCCUUCCAGCAUCUGAGAUGUGUGUGUGACGACAGUUCCAGGCUUAGCUCAGGCCAUGGUUGCAUCUGACCAAGUACUUGUCUCCACUGAGUGGUAGUGACUCACUGGCAUUUCAGACAGGGGUCUCUCUCACCAAUUUCUGGAGGUGCUGGGAAUUGAACCUACAACCUUCUGCAAGCAAAGCAGCUGUUCUACCGCUGAGCUGUGGCACAUCUCCCAGGAGUGCUCAGCUGCCAAAGUUCUGAACGAAUCAGAGUAAAACUGUUCCUCCACCUUUGCCCCUCUUUAGCAAAGCACUUAAUGAGGUUCCUUCUGCUGGGGAGAAUGGACUGUGGUUAGUAUCCUUAUUUUCUAUCCUAGUGUCCAGUAGAUGGAAAAUCUAGAAGGGCACUUGGGGCUGGAUUCAACCCAGUACUCUAGUGGAAGUCAGUGCAAGGACUUCCACUAGUGCAGUAGGGUUUCUCCCACCAGGUCUGCUUGAGGAGGGGCAUUAGGAAAACCCACCUAGAACAGCUCCUGGGGAGGAGAGGGGAGAUCAUUCUAUCAAGCAAACAGAAAUGUUUGUGCUAACGGAGCAACCUCCUUGGUGCUACUUCACAUUCCACCUUUAAUCUUCUGACUCCUCCCUCAACAGCAGUGAUCUGUUGAAGUCGUUGAUGUCAAAGAGGUAUGUCUCUGUUCAUUCUUGCACUCUGAGAGGCAGCUUGCCCUCUGCUGUGUGAACAAGUGUCGGGGUUGCGUGCAAACGAGAGCUAGUUGAAGGGGGGGUGAGAUGGAGCCUUUGAGGAGCCGCUAUUGCCCCUCUGUAAAGGGGAAGUCAAGAAGAGCAGUCUGUUCCAGGAAGGAAGCUAUCCUCUUCCUCUUUUUUGAGGCCGACAUCUGUGGGGAGAAGGAUAACAUUGCAUCGGACUUCAGUUGUGUCUUUAGUGGGUCUUUUGAUGAUUCUUAAAAGUAUCUGAGUCGUGAGUGUGCGUAAAACAACUUUGCUUUUCUCUCUCUUUCAGCAGAACUUGCAAACAGAAAUACAAUAUUGAUAUAAACCACGGUUAAGUUUCCAGGCUUUCUAGUCAUAAUUGACGUACUGUUUGCUUGCUGUGCUCUGUUGGCCCUGCCUCUGUCGUUUCCCAUGGCAGUUAUGGACUGCAGCACAGCACAAACUGCUCCACUGACAGCUGCUGUGAAAUAUGGGUCAUCCCUAACCGCAGACACUCUUUUGUUAAGCAGCUGGCUUCUCCAGGCUUUGCUUGGGUGUCUUGACUGGACCCUGAAAGGGCAGCUGCACAACCCCCAUGAGUACGGCACAGACACACUGCAAAGCUGCUGUACAGCUAAUUGCAUCCGCCCGGAAUUUAAGGUGCAAAGAAGCCUGGAGUAUAGCUGAGCAAGUGUUUCCCCCUCCUUUAUGCCCUGCGCCACAGCCAGUGAUUGCAAAGUGAAACGUUGCCUGGCUUCGUUCUGAGCUCUUAAGGCAUAUAAGGGAAUUCUGCUCUUGGCCUGGGGUGGUGAUUCAUGCUCCAAAUGAUGGCUGUGAUUCAUUGUGCAAAUGACCUAAGCGAUUAAAAAAAAGUAGCUGCCAGUUCCUCCAGGCUUUCCCAUCACACUAGGGAGGGAGGAAGGCAGGCUUGAAAUGGUCUCCCAUUUAGAAGGCUACAGACAGACUUUGUGCUCCUGUAACAGGAGGCAGCUAGCAAAACUCGCGUGCCAAAAUCCAUUCUCCUUCGGCAUUUCUUGGAAAACAAGGUCCUGUGCAAAAGCAUGAACAGGGAUGCCAUUGUUCAUUAUCUUGGGCAGCUGGCUUGUCUUGGCCCGUGUAGUAGGCCUCCUAUGUUAAUUUGUCCGCCAUGGUUGGGACUGGGUGGCUUCGAUGGUUUUGCGAUUGCUUUAAAAUAGUGUCUGCCUCAGGUAAGCUUUAUGACUCUGUCCCUCUAUUGAUUGGAGAAGAGAGGAGCCACUGCAACCCUUGACAAGCCCUUAGGAUUUGCCAGACAUGUUAGGUUUCUCUAUGAUACUCAUUUAGGCCUGCCCUCCCUCCUCCUGGCUCUAAACAGGUCCUAUACUGUACAUUUAGAUGAGAAGAGCGAGGAAGCUUGGGUUGCUUACCUCUUAAUGUGGGUUUGAAAGCACUCUGUGACUGUCUAACUCACCCUUUGCCAACAAGGUGCUCUCCACACGUUUCAGACCACAACUCUCAGGCCUUGUCAGCAUGGGAAUUGUAGUCAAACACAUCUGGAGGGUACUAGUUUUGAUAAAAGUGCCUCAUUACCUGGAAGCCAAGGAGAAUCUAAUAGGGAAGACAAAAAGCUAUUUCACUUGAUGCAUAAUAAACUUACGGGAACUGUUUCAUAAUGUGGUGGGCAUUUAGGUGCCCCUUAGAAAUGGAUUGGGGAAAUUCAUUGAGGGCAGGUUUGCCUUUGGCUGUUAGCUUGGGUAGCUAAAUGGGGACAUCCAGAGGUAGGUCACCUCUGAAUAUCGGGUGCAAGGGCUGUUGCUUUCAGGCUCUGCAGGGGUCCUGAAAGGAUCAGGCUGGCCACAUCCAGAAACAGGCUGCUGCAUUACUUUUCCUCCCAUUUAUAUCCCACCCAUCUUCUGUCAUGGGACCCAAGGUGGCAUUCAUGUGGUUUCCAGAUGGACACCCAUACAAGCACUGACAGACCAGGCCUACUUAACCUCAGCAAGGUGGUGGCCUCGUGUGCCUUCACAUCGUAUCCUGAAUCUAGACCAUAUCUUGCUCUAGAUGAAACUUGGGGUGGUUUUGUGUUCACUGUAGCCUUGAGUCUGUAUUGCUAUCACCAGCCCAGGCCCAUGGCCUAGGCUCAUCUUGAGCCCUUUUUCCAUACUAGAGGGCACAAAAGCACAGCUUGGCUGUGAUCUUUCAACCAAGAUAGCCAGUGGCUGUUGGAGGUCAGAGAGUUGUGUGUCUGCCUGUUGCACAGCUCCUGAUAAUGUAGGUGUUGCGACACACAUGCAGUGGCUGGGGCUCAUUAAAAUGCAUGCGUACCUUACCCCUGUAGUGUCAGUGCACACACAACUCGAAUACAACUCAGAGCCUGUGGGAUAGCUCAGUCAGUAGAGCAUGAGAUUCUUAAUCUCAGUGGGUUUGAGCACCAUGUUGGGCAAAACAAUUAUUGCCUUGCAAGGGGUUGGACUAGACAACCCUCUUGGUCCUUUCCAACUUUAAAACUCUAUGAUUCUUUGAUACUGAGUCAUGCUUGGAGUUGACCCAUUGAAAUGAAUGGACUCAAGUUAGUCAUGAUUUCAGGGGGACUAUUCUGAGUAUGACUUGGUCAGAGACAGGCCACUGUGUUUUCAGGAUCAAGAUCUUUUGGAACAGAAUACUGUACUCAUUUGGGGGCACUAGUUACAGGGUGGCACCUGCAAUUAAAUAAGUGCACCAACAAAGGUAAAAUGGGAAGUUAUCUUUGUUUACAAUUGUUGGGUGGUGGACCCAGAGCUUCUGGCCGGGACCUUAUUUGUUUUCAGCAGGGAGUUGUUCCCAAAAAAGGUACAGUAAGCAAGACUAAGUAAAUAGUCUUCAAUUGCCAUUUCUUCACUUCAGUCUGAGAUUGGUACAAGAUUGCCCUUUGAUUAAAUCUAUAUUAAUAUUGGCUCCGUCAAGCUUUCCUCUAAAUGUAUGGUCUAACUUUGCAGGUGCUGAGAGAUGACAGAGCUGCACGGUCUUGUGGAGCGAUUGGAGAGAGCUGUGGGCCGCUUGGAGAUGAUGUCCCAUGGCCCUGGCCCGCAGGGUGGCUGUGGAGAUGGCCUUUCCAAAGGUGAGAGGCCCUGACUUGACCAGUGUAUUCAGGAUGAAUUACUUUAACUUCUCCCACUUGGUAGGAAAGUCAGUGCAUGCAGCUGACUUUGUGUAAACCAGAUUGGGAUAUGCAAGGAAGAGGAAGUGAAUUGCCCUAAUUGUCAACCCUCAGCAGCUAAGCGUUGGCGUCACAUUACUCUGGUGUCAGCAAUGAUACUGGCAUUUUACUUAGAGUCCAGCUGCUUCCUUUUAAAAGUGAAAAAUCUAAUUAGAGCCAAGACUUGGGUGCUAACAGGCAAGGAUUUUAAUAAACCUAGAGUGCUCUGCCAAAGUUUUGUGCAUUGCGGCCGGGAAAGGAGGGGCUGGAGUGGAGGACAGAUGCUUACUGCAAAACAUGACUUGCAAAUGUUUCAAACCAAAUCCAUCUGCUGUCUCUCGGUUCUCAUGAUUGACUUGCUUGCAUUCUUCUACAGACAUAGCUGAGUAUGUACAGGCUUUUGACACACUCUUGGCGGGUCCAGUAGCUGAAUACAUGAAGAUCAGCAGAGAAAUUGGCGGUGAUGUCCAAAAACACGUAAGGCUCAGGCUUCCUUCCUAUUUGGGGAGAACAUUUGCUUACUGCACUCAAAAUUUAGGUUUUGGAAAGUAGCUGGCUAAUGUUCCAUCCCCCACCCCCAAGAGUUGGAAGUGGUGCAGUAAAUGUUUUAUCUGUGGUUUGCCCAUCCAUCCCCCCCAUAGUCUAUGUGUACACAUUUGCAGGGAGUUAUUUUCGGCAGUGUCUCAAAACCAUGCGGGUAUUUUUUGCCAGAGACUAUAGUGCACGAGGAGAGAUACGUUCACACCACAGGCUACAAUGGCUUUAACAAAAGUCUACAAAUUGUCAGUCUAUUUAAAAACACCAGCAAUGCCCCAAAUCACUCUUACUUCGCCAUAAGCAACCAAUACCAGCGGCUGUUAAAAGGGAAGUGCAUCCGACAGGUGGCUACAGUCAGGGCUUUUUUCAGCUGGAACUCACCGGAACUCAGUUCUGGCCCCUCUCAGGUGGGCACCAUUGCCAUUAUAAGAGAACAAGAGAGGUGUUCAUGGUGAGUUCCGGCACCUCUCUUUCUAGAAAAGUUGCACUGACUACAGUGUUGAACUAGGAUCGCAAAGACUUGGGUUGAAAUAACCCCCUUGCUACGAAACACAUGGGUUGACUUUGGGCAAUCACAUUCUCUCUGAUGUGCUAAGGAUGAACCGGGUUGAGAUAGAGGGAGACAUGUGCCCCACUCUGCACACUUGGAAGAAGAUUAAAACAAAGUAAUAAAACUGCCUGAAUAAACAGGGGCUGAUCAAAUUGAUUGGCAUUAUGGAAGAGUGAUUUUGGAGUAUCAAGUAUACAGUAUAGGGAGGGAACUAGAAAAUGCACACUCUUAUCCAUAUUCCAGGCGGCCCAAACUCAUACAGAAGAAAGUCGGUCUUACUGUGAAGCUGCUGCAGUUGAUACUUCAGAGCUUUUGGCUCUUAAUAUGAAACUGACCGUCACAUGUGCAACACAGUCCUCCUUGGAUACAGCUGGUGCUCUUUUUGUCAGUGUAUUACCACCCCAUGAGCAAUAUAUGUUCAACUAAUUCAUGUGCACUUUUCCCCCUUUUUGCCUCUUGGUAUCCUCUUCUCCUCCAAGGCUGACAUGGUGUAUGCAGGGUUGAUGACAGAGAGGGCUCUCCUGGUGACAGCAUCUCAGUGCCAGCAACCCACAGCGGUAAGUCUGGGGAAACCCCUUGUAUUUCAGCAGUGAAGCUCAAAGGUAGGUGCAGCUGGAAACUAGAUUCCUUUUUCCAAAGGAUAUAAAAAGUGGUCUUCUGAAUGGGGAUUCCGAGCUGCUUUCAGCCUAGGAUUGUUGAAAAGGGUUGUGGGCAUGGUCAGCUGUGGGGGUGUGGUCAGUCACCACAUUUUCGAAGCACCCCCACUUUGUGGUGCAUGCUCUGUAUUUUCUGUUUUUUCUCUCUCACACACAGCUCCUUCCCAAUACAAAAAUUGCUCCAUUGACUUGCAUGGGAGGAAAAAGACACACACACACACACACACACACACACACACACACACACAGUGGCUGGUGAGGUGGAAAGAGUCUGAUACUGCCAAAAACUUGUUUACUGUCAGGAAGUGGGGCUACCCUCUCCCACUAGGCAUUUUUGGUAAUAAAGCUUUCUACCCCAUCCCCUUAAUUUGCAUAGGGCAAGGAUGGCUGGCCUGUGUCCUUCCUGGUAUUGCUGGACUAGAACUCCCAUUGUCCUUGACUACUGGCUCCCUUGUUUGCUUGGGCUGAUGGGAGUUUGAAUCUAACAAGAUACGGAGGACCACAGAUCAGACACCUCCGGGAUAGGAAGAAAGUUGCAGGACCUCCAGAUGGCAGGACACAGACCAUUUGCAGGCAGCAUGGCAUAGCUUCAUGGGUGCUGGGGUAUUGCAAGUGCCUGUUCCAAGGCAAGGACUCAUUUUCCAGGAAGCCAAAAUCUAUAAAUUUAGAGUGAAUCCUAAACAGGAUUUAGCAAAUGGUGGUACCAGGUGUGUACGUUGGUAGGAUUAUCCCAUAACACCUUCCUGUCCAGGAGAAGGAAUUAGGGUUUGGUAGGAAAGUGGUACCUUCCUUUCUUGCGUGACUACAUGAUGUACAGAACCUGGCCUAUCUGCUACUUUGUUCCUCCUUCCCCAGAACUGCCUACUAUGGAUCAGUCAAGUAACUUAUAUAUCACAGUGAAACAAUUGCUACCUGGCACUUGCUUAUUUUCCUCUUCCCUCGUUGCUCAAUUUUCCUCUUGUGUCUUGCCAUUUUGAAUUACAAAAAAUGCUUGAUUGCUUUGACAAAGGUGGUAGGUAAAUGUAUUUAUUUCAUUUAUAUUUUGCUUUUCCUCCGAGGAGCUCAAGGUGGUGUACAUGCCUCCCUGCUCCCCAAGAAAACCACUUGUGAAAUAUGCUGGAUGACUUUAGGCCAUUCAUUCUCUUUGGUGUGAACCAGCCUUGCAGAGUUACUGUGAGGUUAAAAAGGGGGAUAGGGACUCUAUACACCAUCUUGAGCACCUUUGAGGAAGAUUAGGAUCAUCUUUCUCCCAGCAUCUUUAAUACAUGGAUAAUACUGUCACUGGCCUGGUUAGCACAACACUAUAACUUAAGUCAUGAUUUAACUAUUACUUGUUUUUUCCAAGCUGGAUUUGUUUUCCAGCUGCUCUUGCCUUGUGCCUUUGUAGCUUUGUGAGCGUUUGGGGUGGAACCAUGGUUAAGGAAGGGUGCCAGUUUCACACAGAAUGCCAAGCCAUAGCUAAAAAGCUAACCAAGGUUCAUAGGUCAACAAUAAACCAUGGUUCAGCUUAUGGUUUGACAUAAGUUAAGUUGCUGGGCAGGGUUUGGAUCAUCAAACAAACCCUGACUUAGCUUUAUGUGCAAAUCUGUCCACUGACAGGGGCAGGCAAUCUAAAUGACGGCAGAGACCAGCAGGCUUAAGCAGUUCACACCUUGCUCGGCUUAUCUUCUGUAAUUUUGUUGUUGCAGAACAACUUCUCAUCUGUGCUGAAGCCAAUAUCCGAGAAGAUCCAGGUGGUCCAGAACUUCCGGGAGAAGAACCGUGGCAGCAAACUCUUCAAUCACCUCUCAACCGUUAGUGAGAGCAUCCCUGCAUUAGGCUGGGUCGCCAUGGUAAGGGCUCAGGAACUGGUGCUUUUCUGUCAAAACUUGUUCUUCAGUUCUGGUACUCAUAGGGCCAGCAGGCCUCCCUGAAGCUCCUUAAACUGCUCUUAUGUCUGUAGCUUUGUUUUUAAAAUAUAGCCCUUCUCAAUUUCUGUACAUGGACACAUGCUAGGAGGAAAAUAUUGCACAGAUAGCAUGAUUUCCCCCCUGAUGGUACCAUUCUCACAUGGGCAGUUUUAGUUGGUAGUGUCAAUCUGGUCGAAGAGUCAUUCACUUUCCCCAGGGAAACCUGGGAGUUGUAGUUUUGUAAGAUUUGGCGGGGCUUUCUUAACAGAAGCUUCAACAAUCCCUCCAGACUACACUUCCAAGGAUUCUUGAGGUGCACUAGAUACUGUUGGAUUCCCAGCCAGUAUAGCCAGGGAUUGUGGACAAAGGUAGUUGUGGCCCUCGAGGUGAUGGAGUACAGGUUCCCCACCCUUGAAUUAGGGGAAAGUCAUUGCCAGUAAAAUGAUAUGGAACUACAGUAAGUUGGUGGUUUUGUGCCCAUAAGCUUCCAGUUUCUUUUCCUGAGAGAUUACUUGGUCCUUGUCACCUAAUUUUCUCUCAUCCAGAUGCAGUUUUAAGAUUUCAAACUGCACUUCCAGCCUUGCCUCUGUUAUCUGGGUUUGGGGAUGGCGUCUUUGUCCACUACCUCCUGGCAAGCUUGACUUCUGGUCUUAAACCAUUUCACUCAGAGGGUCAGCUUCCAAAUAACUCUGGUGGGUUUAGAAAGCUUCUGGGUGAAAUGCAAGAACUUUUACGUUCUAAUGACGCACUGUCUUCUCAUAGGCUCCCAAACCAGGCCCUUACGUGAAGGAAAUGACUGAUGCCGCCAUGUUUUAUAGCAACCGGAUCCUCAAGGAAUACAAAGAUGUGUAAGUGUUGCUUGCCUCUUGGGGGGAUGGGGAACCAUGGGGUGCUGCCGGCAGCAGAGGAUUCUGAGGGGAGGCAGCAUUGGAUCACCUUCCAAUGUUUGCGUCACUUAGUUUAAAAAAAUUACUCAUCUCCCUCAAAUUCCUAACAGCAGGAGGUGGCUAACCAUUUUUGGAAUGGGUGUGGCAUGUUCUUAAACUCAGCCACUCAAGGCGGGCUCCACUUUUAAAAGGGAAUGCUAAGAAAUGAAGACAGUUCAUGGAAAAUGAGAAUGCAAGGGUGUGGAGUUACCAUGAAUAGGACUACUGAGAUGCAAAGUUUUGGAAUGCUGUUAAUGAAAUCAUACAGAAGAGCAGGGAGAGAGAUGGUGCUGUGACUGCGUAGAAAAUGAGGGAACCUGAGUAGUGGCAGGGGGCAGUGCAGGGUUUCAUUCCCAGAAAGCUCUGAAUAGUCAGUUUGUGAAAAGUUCCAUCUGCAAAGCAGGAGGGUAGGAAAUCUACGGCUCCCGUUGCAAGUGGAGUUUCAAAUAUCCCCCCUUACCUAGACCAAUUAGUUUGCCUGGCUCCUCUUUCUCCUAGAGAUAAGAAGCAUGUGGACUGGGUGAAAGCUUAUCUGAGUAUCUGGACAGAGCUGCAGGCGUACAUUAAGGAGUAUCACACCACUGGGCUGACCUGGAGCAAAACGGUGAGUACAGGCUGAACGCUAAUCUUCAAGGCACCACAGAACUCUUGCAUUUAUUAUUCUUGACAUUUCUCUGUUUUCUGUUCCUAUCCUAUCCCCUUUUCCAGGGACCUGUUCUAACUGAUUCAGGAAAUGGAUCCCGAGCAGCAGCUCCUUCUCCUGGUGGCCCCCCACCCCCGCCACCUGGCCCUCCACCCCCUCCAGCUCCCACCUCCACAAAUUCUGGCUCAGAUGACUCUGCGUCCCGUUCUGCACUUUUUGCCCAGAUCAACCGGGGAGAGACUAUCACUUCUGGUAGGUGAAAUUAGUUAAUGGAAUGGCAAGGUGAGCAAAUGGCUGUCCUCUAAGCAAACUCACUUGGGAUAGAAAUUGCAACCCUUCUACACAAAGCCUUUGUGAUCUGCAGGGGUCCUUUCGCUCCAGUAUCUGGGGACAAGGUCCAGCGUAGUCCCAUCUUUUGAACCAUACAGAUGCAUUUGUACCCAUGGUCUUGUUGCAGAUGGCCCUAGAGGAUUUCUUGGUCAUCUUGGUUUUCACAAGCUGUUCUUAAAAGUGAAUUUGCAUAGCUUUUCACUGACGCAGCAGAAAUGCAUGGCUAAUUCUGCUAGUGUGUUUUGAUGUAUUGAGUGUACAGAAUGUUCUGUUGUGUCUAGAUUCCAGUUUCCUGCAUUCUGAUUCAUGAUGUCCCUUUGAGGAAUUCCCCCUCCCCACAAAAAAACCCCUUGGGUCAUAAUUCCCUAAACCAGUUUUGCUUGCUAAACAGGCCACUCAACUUCAGUGUGCAAAACAUGAAUUUUGAGAAUGUCCUUUCCUUGGAGAAAGCAACCUGAAUGUUUUGGAUGAGGAGUAGAGGUAGCAGAAGUGGGUCCAUAAAAUACCUUUGUGGUUAGUGAAGAUGGGAGAAAUCUGCACUCUGGGAAUUGCAGUGGCCAAGAGGGAAACCCAGUGGCGAGGGAAACCCAGCCAGAUGGGCAGGGUAUAAAUAAAUAAAAAUAUUACUAUUAUUAUUGGAGGACUCCAAUGCUGGGCUUGGUGAGGGUUGAUGAUAUGCAGAAGGUUUAAUUUUACGUAUCCUAAGGUUCAAGAAACACAAAUAUAGUGAGGAAAGCUUUUGUACUGCCUUUCUGGGGAAUUGAUGGAAUUCAAUUUUUGGAAUCUCCAGGCCCUGUAUGGUAACCUGUACAAAUAGUUGAAGCUAAUCUCUGAUCUCCAGUAUAUUCUUCCUUUAGCCAAUUAAUUCCUCUUUUUUUCUUUUCAUCAAGUGAAACCAAUUAGAUUGCAGGUAGUUGAGGGGGAGGGCAUGCAUGGAGGACAGUGCUGUGUGUAAAUUGCACAUACUGCAAUGCAGUAAGCCAAUGCAGAGAUCUCCCUGCGGCUCUGGAAGCCUUCUUUUGGCUUCUGGAUGCAAAUGGGGUGCCUGCUGAACCGUCAAGAACUUGAACCUGCUUUUAAAGCUAUUUUAUUGGAUCAUUUUAAGCGCAACACCAAUCAUAUGACUGCCAGUGACAGAAGCAAAAAUAAGGGGAGGGGAGAAAGGGACAUCUCGCAUCACAUACCACUAGGAGCACUGAGUCUCUGUUUUCAUGUAAGCUGAGGAAAGACUGCUCUGUUAAGGAUAAAAUUUCAGGCAUGCUCUGCAUGUAUUGUAACCAGCUUUAAACCUUAAAAAUGUGAUGAGUUGUUUCACUCUUUCAUAGCCCUUUUACUGGCUGUCUAGAUCAGCAGCAGAUGGGAGCAAGAGAUUUCCUUCCUAGGGUGGGAUGGUUUUUAACGUGGUUAAAACUUGUACCCACUCCUUCCUCUAAAUCCAGUGUGUAUCAUCCUUUUUUUAUCUUUGGAAGAGCCCUGUGGGGUAGGUUAGGCUGAGUGUCAAUUAGACAAGAGGAAAACACCUUGGCCAAGAGGGCAUUUGAACCCAGGACUGCCUGGUCAAGAGUCCAGCCCUCCACUCGCUACUACUCCACACAGGCUGCAGUGUCUGUGCCUAUUUAGAAACAAAAGUCUCUAAGAACUGAGGACUUGAUGCUAUAGCGGGGCAACAGAUGGAGACCAAGAAGUUUUCCAUUCUUAUAGAUCCAGAGAACUGCUGAAAGCCCUUUAGCUAGCCAGAGAGAGAAGAAUGGGCAGAACUAGCCCAUCUUGGUUAUGGACCCUGGUUUGUGGGGCUCUUUAUUGAAAACGACAUCCCUAGCGACAGUUUUUUGGGGAAAGCAGCAUAUGACACAUUAGGAUAUGUUUGUAGUAGUGUUUUUUUUCCUGAGGCUUAUAGCAAUUUUACUUUGAAUUAGUUUUGUUUUAAUUACAUUACAUUGGUGUUAUAAACCCUGGUUUCUAGACUUCCACGUUGAAAUUCAUUUUGAGCUUUUUGAGUAAAAGCAGCAUAGAAGCCAACCAAUUGGUGCCAAGCUAGAAAUGGGAACUAAAUUUGUCUACAAGGCACAAAUGGCUGGUGGUCUGAUGCAGGCUGUGGUGGUUUCAGGGGGAAGUUCUUGGUUUGUAAGAAGCGGCUCUUUGGGCCUGGCUCUGACAUUGCUCUUGUGGUAGAGAAGCGGCAGCUCUGCUCUACUUGGGGGUAAUGUCAGAUGUACUGAAGCUUUAGAAAGGGUGACUCAAGCGUGGGAAAGGCUUGUGCCUGGGGCUGCUGAUAAGUGGUGUGGGAAGGAGCUGCACUUUUAUGCUCCCAGACUGCAAAGCUGCCACGAGAAUGGAAGCGCCUGGGUGGGGAAGAGUAGCUGGUGGCCAUGGCUGAGGGGCAGCUCCUAAAGCUGGUGGCAUCUUCAAGGUGGACAUUAAUGGCGGUUUCCCUCCUAGGCCUGAAGCACGUGUCAGACGAGAUGAAGACCCACAAGAACCCAGCGCUGAAGAACCCAGGCGGUCCUAUGCGGACGGGACCAAAGCCUUUCAUGGCUCCGAAGCCGGCCUGUCCUGUCAGCGCCUCCCAAAAGCUGCCUGCGAAGAAGGAGCCUCCUGUGCUGGAGCUGGAAGGCAAGAAAUGGAGAGUGGUGAGUUCCGAGGGGCUGGGGCGUCGCAAGGGUCCCACGCAAAAGACUCCCCACUGCCAUAGAUAACUUGCGAUUUCAUAUGAGAAGGUGGGAAAAAUCUGAACUGUAUUUUGCAUAUAGAUUAUGCAUGCAUUUUGAAGCAGGCAGCAUCUUAGAAGAGGCACGUCAUCUGCAGUUCUUAAGAGUACUUAUUAAAGUCUGCUGUCCAAUUAAUUCAAGCAGCACCUUUAGUCUUUGUUUUAAUAAAUUAAAAGAAGGACGGAGGGAAACUUUGGGUGCUGGACUCCAGCUCGCAGCAACCCUAGCUAGCAUGGCCAGUGAUGAGAAUUGGAGUCUGGGGGGCCAGAGGUUCCCCAUACCUGACCUGAAUAAGAGAGUCUUUUAAGAAGACGCUGGCUCAUCGCUGUCCAUCAGGCACAUCUGCAGGUCAUAAGCAUAUCCGAGGAGGGAAGGGGCUGGAAUGAGCGGCAUUUGUUUUUCCCCUUCCUCUUUAGGAGAACCAAGAAAAUGCCUCCAACUUGGUGAUCAGCGACACGGAGCUGAAGCAGGUGGCCUACGUCUACAAGUGCAUGAACAGUACACUCCAUAUCAAGGGCAAGAUCAACUCCAUCACACUGGGUAGGUUCUUAUCGGCUGGGGCCAGGGCAGGAGGCUUUUAAAAAAGAAGAAACCAAUAACUCAUGCCCACCAAUCAGCUCAGGCCACUCCAAGGGAGGUGUGUGUGAUUCUCUGAUUCAAUUCACUGUUGGCUUCAUGCACCAGUUCCCUGCAGGAUUUAAUACACCACGCCUCCCAAGCUGAAAAGCGGGGAGCUAAAUCCUGCUCAGUCCAACAGGGUUCACCACAAGUGUCUUCCAGAUAAUAGGUGGGGAACUGGUGUGUGCAGCCAAACCCCAUGGGGUUUCCCCCCCUAGUUUCUCACUUUCCCAAAAAUUACCCUUGCAUUGCAAAUGAGGAGUGCUGUUGUGACUUAGCUUGGAGCACCCAGUGGAUGGGUGGCUAAAUCAGAACUUGCAGAGGUAUUCUUCAGCCACACUGGAAAAAGGUCCUUAAUGGUCCUUUCUGUUCUCUUUUCCUCUAUUUUGUAGAUAACUGCAAGAAGCUAGGUCUGGUGUUCGAUGAUGUGGUGGGCAUUGUUGAGAUCAUCAACAGUCGGGAUAUCCAAGUUCAGGUAAUUUCACUCCCUCACCCCCAGCCAGUUUUGCUUUCCCUUAACCUCGUAAGGGUCCUCACUCUGCCUUGCCUCUUUUGAAGAGCAGGAACCCUUAAACAGAUGAGCAAGAAGAAGUAGUCUUUGAGGGGGGAUUCAGGGUCUUCAGAUUCCCUAACAGAAUUAGAAACCCAUCUUGCUCCUCAACCCAUGCACACACACAUACAUUGCUCUGAACCCAGAAGUGACCCAAAAACGUCCCAGAAAGGGGUGGAACGGCGUGUUUGCCAGCUUUUUCAAUUGCAGUUUCACUUAACUGUGCAGUGCCUUGGAACGUAAGCCCCAUGUAAAUGGGGGAGGGGGUUGCCUGUACAACAAUUAUCAUCUGCAUUAAAAAUGGCAAAGGACAGAAUACUAACAGCUAGGAUAAAUGUUUUAAAAUGGUAACCUGUAGGAUUAAGCACAGCUUUAAAAGGGAUGGAUGAAUAAAAAGGUAUUCAACGGGUGCUGAAAAGUUAGCACUGGUCAGGCUUCUCCAGGGAGGGUGUUCCGAGAAAGGGCAAUUGCAUCCUGUGAAAACCCCAGUCUUGGGUUACUGGGUCCUGCCAUCUUGGGAGCGAGACAAAGAAGGGCCCCUCCAAAGAUGAUGUUGCAUCCAGGCCAGGUUCACGUUGAGAGCGAGUGGCACUUGAAGUACAAGCCACUCAGAGCUUGAAAAGAGAACAUAUUGAAUUUUGUUUCCCUCGCUCAUAAGAUUCACCACACUACUGUUUUAUGAUUUAUUGGUAAUUGAAUGUGUUAUUGAUGGAUCCAUUGUCUUCAUUGAUGUAUUAUUUAUAUAUGAUGUUAUAAAGAGUACAUAUAAAGAGUAUUGAUAAUGAUGUUUUCAGAACAAGGAGAAGUGAACUCCUGUGUUUCUUUUAGACUUCUAGGGUGGUAGGCGCUCUAGCCAUGUCUGACAUCCUUGCCUUUCUUGCUAGGUGCUGGGUAAAGUGCCAACCAUUUCCAUCAACAAGACAGACGGUUGUCAUGUCUACCUGAGCAAGAACUCAUUAGAAUGUGAGAUUGUCAGUGCCAAGUCCUCAGAGAUGAACGUCCUCGUUCCUACAGACAGUGGUGAUUUUGUAAGUUUCUUUCUGGUUACUUGGCGUAGAAUGAGACACUGGGAGAAAGCCACUUUGCUGUGGGUGGUGGUUGUUGCUGAUAUUGGGAAGAAGCUGUCUUGGGAUAGCUCGUGGUCAAAAGUCACCAGGCUGAAGAGCUGUGUUGCCAAAAUGAUUUUAGCUGGCUUUCAGAAGCCCAGGCUUUAAUAAGGGAAGCAGGCUUUCAGUGAUUGGGAUCAAUGUACAUCUGCACCACACUUUUAAUCCUGCACCACAGGAUUAAGGAGCAUGAAUCAAGAAGCAAAGCUCUAAGGAGUUUAAUAUUGGGGUGGAGAACUGGAUCCAUCUUGACAGGCUGAAUCCUGCAUUCCCUAACCCUCAGCAGGCUACUUUGACAGGUGGAACGGGCCCUACCCACCUGUCAUAACCUGGUAUCACUAUGUCAGAUGAAUAGUUUCUUCUCUGUAGCAUGGCAAGCCCCACUACAAAGAUUCCAAGCCCAGCCAAGCAGGGCUUGAAGCUACUGCUGAUUGGUGCCAACUUCAUGCUCCUCUUGGGUGGCUGGCCGAAUUGCAGAUCCCACCAGGCUUGCUGUCACCACCUAUCAGCUGAUGGGCAUGACAGCAAGCCUUCUUUGCCACUGAGCAUCCUAGAGUGUACGUUAAGGGCCCCAGUUGUGCUUUGGCAGCUGCAUCUACUUGACAUCGAAUUUGAAGUCAGGUGUGUGGUAGGGGGACAUGGCUUUGCAGGCCAAAAUUGCACCUGUGCCAGAUCUAAUUAGCCCCUUAGGCCGGAGAUUCUCUGAUCUGGCUUAAUUUGGUACUUGCUCUGUUUUUUAAGUUGAUAUAUUGAAUGGGAUGUUAAUAGCUUUGUUGCUGAAUUAGGCGCCUCUGCAGUUUUCUCAUGUCUCCACCCCUGGCAUGCAGCUCAUUUAGACAAGAUAUGUAAGUGGAAGGUCUGCAUUCAAGACAGUGUUGUCCCUGAAUGCCAGUUAUUGAGGGGCAGGAGAGGGGGGCAGCCAGGCAGAUUAGUACCUUGCUUGUGGGCUUCCAAGAAGCAUCUUGCUGGCCGCUCUUGAAAAGCAGGACACUGAGCUAAAUGGGCCUUUGGUCAGAUCCAGCAAGGCUCUCCCUGUGAUGGCAGUAAGCUUUUGUGUUAGAGGUGUAGCUGUACUAAAGGACAGAGAGCACAUAGGGGCUUUGAAAGCUGUGCAUCUCUGCAAGUCACUUCCAUGUAAAUGUUACUGACUCCAAUAUUUUCUUUCCCCCUAGAAUGAGUUCCCAAUCCCAGAACAAUUCAAGACACAGUGGAACGGGCAGAAGUUAGUCACCACUGUCACGGAGAUAGCUGGAUAAGUUGACCUGGCGCUCGACAUUCGCCCCACCACUGCUGUGGGACAAAUCUGCUUUUUUUGGGAUGAUUUAUAGAUUUUCCUGUACCUUUUCCGCUCUCAAUCUGCUUCUGUCUUCUCCCCGAGAGACUUGCCUACCUGCCUUCACUGAAAAUACCUCAGGCUAGGAUUUGGGGUAGGGUGGCAGAAUCAUUUGCUUCUAUCAAUUGAUCAGCAGGAAAGUGUGGCGUUUCCCCUUGGUCAGGCAAACCCACAUCACCAAUCAACUUCUGUCUGGCCUUUCUUUUUGUGCUCCCUGGAGCCAGUAUCUCAAGGACUUGGUUCUAGAGGUUUUUCUUUUCCCCUUUCAUUUUAAGCAAAGGAAGAUGGUUCCUCUUGGAGUAAAGCGAGUUAUCAGGGUAUAGAGUCCCCAGUGAUAUGUGUGUGUGACAGUGUAUCUGGAAGGUGUGGGUUGGGGGAAGUACAAGGGAGUUGACUUCAUUCUGUUUAAUCUAAUUGGGGCUGUUCAAAGAUUCCAGGAAUGGCUUUGCUGGACCAAAAGCUGAAGGACUGGUGCAUGUAUAGCAUUCCUCCCCCACCCCACCUCCCCAUUUUUCCCCUUACGUGCUCAGUGUAAAAUUCUGUGUUGUGCCAUGAUGUUGGGGGAGACCUCUCAGUUACAGGUGCCACAAGACUACCAUGGGACAGGCUCCCCACUCGCCCCUUCCGGGAGUCUGUCCAGCGGCUAGAAAACUGCUGCUCACCCACUUCCAUUCAAGCCCUCCUUUAAAGGGAAAAUUGUGCCCAAAGGGUCCCUCUUCUGAGCAACUGAGCGUUGUCCAGGCUUUCCAGGACAGGUUUUUCCUUGGAGCCCAUCUCUCUCUUUUUUUUAGGGAGGGAUGAGUCUUCUUCAUUCCAGGUCCAGUAUUUAAUUAUUUGUAAGCACAAGUUCAUUCCAAUCCUCCAUCUGAGCUUAUUUACCCUGUAGAGUCUGGAAGACUUUCUCUGGCUGUCCUUCUCUCUGUCGCUCAGCUUCUUCUCCACCGGAAGGCCAGUGUGUGUGUGUUAGCAUGGCACUGCAGUGCUUGCGCCGAGACCAAAGGCAUGGUACUGUACUGAUCCACCAAAGGGAGUUGCCUGCGCACCAGAAUCAUAAGUGUUUUUGGAUAGCAUAUGCAUAUCUUAUUUCCCUCUUUGCCACAUUAAUGAUUCCCCCCCCCACUAAAAUGAAACUUAACAAAAGAUAUGCAAUUUCUUUUUAUUUUGAAACUGUCCUGUGACUUGUAUUUCUCUCCCGAGGCUUGUGGAAAUAAAACCUUUCUUAUGUACUUAAAAUUAUACUGAAGAUAGAAUAAAGUUAAUGCCAAGUUGCUCCUUAACAUGGUGGUCCUUCCUAAGCUCCUCUGCAACCAGCUUCGUCCAGAAAAGCCGCAAAUCUCAGUUUACAGCUUCAGACUCAAUGCUGCUCUCUUUCAGCAACAUUUCCAGCUUAAGCUUGUCUGAGGAGUCCUUGGGAGUGUUUUCACACUAGUCUCUCAGAGCCCGCUGUGGCUUCACUCAGAAUUUCAUUGUGGCUAGCGGCAGUGGUGGGCAAAUGCAUUCAUGGAAAUGUUUCCUGGCUUUGUUAAAAGCUGUUACCACAGAGGCCACUGACAUCUGUUGUGUUGGCAGGAAGGUCUUGAACUAGCCUGACAGCCUCCCUACAUCAGGCCCCAGAAAGCCAUCUCUCCACUCACCAAGGGAUUGUAGUGAAAUAAUUGAGACAUUUCAAAUGAAGGGAUUCUGGAAUUUAAAAGAAUGGAAGAGGGGGGCAACACAUAAAGGGCAGGAGAGAGUUACUACUGUAUGCAUAACCCAACAUAGUAUAUAAUGGGUGGGGAAACUGUUGGCUACCCAACUUCCAUCAGUCCUAGCAAGCAGAGCUAGUGGUCAGGGAUGGUGUAGCAGAUGUAAUCCAGCAACAAGUGAAGGGCUGCAAGUUUGCCAGACUCGCAUGUAGACUGCAACUUGGAAGAUGCAGUAGUUGCUUCAUCAUCCAGCCUCUGCCCUUUAGAACCCAGGUGGGAGUUUGGGGGAAAUUACACUUCUAGUUCUUCUAAGUGAGUAUCUCUACUGAACUGCAGAUCUUGUGUUUUACACCUAUUGUUAGAUUACAAUUCCCAUAAUUCCUCAUCAGCC